UUACAAAACGUGGCACCGCAGUGCUACCUACCUACCCAGAACUGGAGGCUACAACCACGGCUAGAGGCGUGUCGGCAAGGAAAAGCUGGGAGAAGAAGAACGGAGAGAAUAAUGGAGUCCGCCGCCAGUCUUCCCACAAUCCCCCUCCUCGCCUUCUCCAAGACUCUCAAAUUCUCCUCCAAACCCUGCCUCCGCCGCCCCCUCCCGCCGCCUUCUCCCCUUAACCGGCGGAGCUUUUCCGCCGGGAAGGUCAGAUGCUUCGGAAACCUCGAUCCCCAGAGGUCCAGGGAGCUCUUUUUGAUGUCAUUUGCUGGAUCUUUUCUGCGGAAUUAUCCUCCCCUGGCGACGGUAUCUCGUGGAUUGGCAUCCCUGUCGAGCUCUGCGGCCUUGUCUGGUGCCAGUGGAGGCGGCGAUGGGCUCGGGGGAGGUGGUACCGGCGGCCGCGGCGGCGGAGGAUCAAGCGGCGAGGAAAGAGGAUUGAAAGUUCUUGCCGGGGAAUCCGGUGAGGUCACGUCUUCUGGAUCGGAUGCCAUAAUUCUUGAUGUUGGAGGAAUGUCCUGUGGUGGAUGUGCUGCGAGCGUGAAACGCAUUUUGGAAAGCCAACCUCAGGUGUCCGCAGCAAGUGUCAACCUUGCUACCGAGACCGCAAUUGUUUGGGCUGUACCUGAAGUUAAGGCUACAGAGAACUGGAAACAGCAAUUGGGAGAAAAACUUGCAGGUCACUUGACAACUUCUGGAUUUAAGUCCAACCUUCGAGAUACUUCAAAAGAGGACUUGUAUAGAGUGUUUGAAAAGAAGAUGGAUGAAAAGCUUCAACGUUUGAAAGAAAGUGGUCAAGAGCUUGUUGUCUCGUGGGCAUUAUGUGCUGUAUGCCUUUUGGGACACAUUGCUCAUUUUUUUGGAGCUAAUGCCUCCUCGUGGUUGCAUACAUUCCAUUCGACUGGAUUUCAUCUGUCGCUCUCAUUAAUGACAUUUGUUGGCCCAGGCCGCAAACUUAUUUUUGAUGGAUUGAAGAGUUUGCUCAAGGGAUCUCCAAACAUGAAUACUUUAGUUGGUUUAGGUGCUUUAUCAUCAUUUUUGGUCAGUUCCAUAGCAGCUUUCAUGCCCAAGCUGGGAUGGAAGACAUUUUUUGAGGAACCAAUAAUGCUAAUAGCAUUUGUCCUUUUAGGGAAGAAUCUUGAACAGAGAGCGAAGCUAAAAGCUACCAGUGACAUGAGUGGACUUCUGAAUAUUCUCCCAACAAAGGCUCGCCUCAUGGUUGACAGUGAUGCUGAACAGCUGUCUUCAGUUGUUGAGGUUCCUUGUAGAAACCUUACCAUUGGAGACCGUAUUGUUGUUCUUCCGGGGGACCGUGUUCCAGCAGAUGGAAUUGUGAAAGCUGGAAGGAGCACGGUUGAUGAAUCGAGUUUCACUGGGGAGCCCUUGCCAGUGACGAAGCUACCUGGGGCUGAAGUGACAGCAGGAAGCAUUAACUUGAAUGGUACACUUACUGUUGAAGUUAGAAGACCAGGUGGUGAAACAGUUAUGGGAGACAUAGUUCGCUUGGUAGAAGAAGCGCAGACGAGGGAAGCCCCUGUGCAACGUCUGGCUGACAAGGUAGCUGGGCAUUUUACAUAUGGAGUCAUGGCAUUCUCUGCUGCUACGUUUAUGUUCUGGAAUUUGUUUGGUUCACAACUGGUGCCAGCAGCUAUUCAUCAAGGAAGUCCACUUUCUCUGGCUUUGCAUCUUUCCUGUAGUGUUCUGGUUGUUGCAUGUCCAUGCGCACUUGGGCUGGCCACUCCUACUGCUGUGCUGGUUGGAACCUCAUUAGGAGCAACCAGAGGGCUGCUUUUACGUGGUGGAAAUGUCUUAGAAAAAUUUGCAGAAGUUGAUACAGUGGUAUUUGACAAAACAGGGACUUUAACAACUGGAAAGCCUGUGGUGACCAAAAUUUUAGCCUCUCAACAUGACGGAGAUUGGGAUUCAAAGAAUAGUUUAGAUUAUAAAUGGACAGAAGUUGAUAUUUUGAGGUUAGCUGCUGGAGUCGAAUCAAACACAAACCAUCCAGUUGGUAAAUCUAUUGUCGAAGCUGCUUCUGCUGCUAGUUGCCUUAAUGUGAAGGCAACAGAUGGAACAUUCAGGGAGGAACCUGGGUCUGGUGCAGUAGCCACUGUUGAGAAGAAGCAGGUUACUGUUGGGACAUUGAGCUGGCUCAGAAGGCAUGGAGUUGUUCAUAACCCAUUUCCAGAUGCAGAAUUUAUAGAUCAGUCGGUUGUAUACGUAGGAGUAGAUGGUGUCUUAGCUGGAGUUAUUUGCAUUGAGGAUAAGAUAAGGGAAGAUGCCCAUGAAGUUGUUGAAAUUUUGUCUAAGCAAGGAAUUAGCACAUACAUUCUAUCUGGAGACAAAAGGAAUACUGCUGAGCAUGUGGCAUCCAUGGUUGGUAUCCACAAAGACAAGGUGCUUUCUGGAGUCAAACCAGAUGAGAAGAAGAAGUUCAUUGCUGACCUUCAAAACGAUCAGAAAAAGGUGGUUGCAAUGGUUGGUGAUGGCAUCAAUGAUGCUGCUGCUUUGGCUUCAUCAGACGUUGGAAUUGCAAUGGGUGAAGGUGUUGGUGCGGCCAGUGAUGUAUCUUCCAUUGUGCUUAUGGGUAACAGAUUAUCACAGUUGAUUGAUGCUUUGGAGUUGAGCAAACAGACAAUGAGGACUGUGAAGCAAAAUCUAUGGUGGGCAUUUGCGUAUAACAUCGUUGGACUUCCAAUUGCUGCUGGGAUUUUGUUACCUGUAACUGGUACCAUGCUGACACCAUCAAUUGCUGGAGCUUUAAUGGGCUUAAGUUCGGUGGCAGUGAUGACGAACUCACUGCUUUUGAGGCUCAGGUUGGAACCGAAGCAGAAAGAAACCAACAAAUUGCAGCAGGAAACCAUGCUCCGUUCUCUAUCUGAUGUUCUUGUGGAUACAAAUGGUGGUCCAAAGAAAACUUACCCUGCUAAAUGGAGAAAUACCUGAUCCUACAUUUAUGCCGCUCUGCACAUAAGAUGAAGCAUGAGCUACCUGAAGGCCUAUAUCAUGCGAAAUUGGUUGGCAGCGGUAGCUGUGUUGUAGCCCAAACAUGCAGAAGGGAUCCCGAACCUAUCGGUGAAGCUGUUUCAUUCUUGAGAUGAUCGGCAUUAUGCCUUGCUCUGGUCACAUCUGAAGUUCAUUUUUUGGGGGGCUAUGCUUCUUGUCUAAUUGGCCAUCAUUACUUGCAAACCUAACAAUAUGGGUUCACCAUUCCCUUUGUCUUAUGUCUAGCAACCAUUUUUAACAAUUGUUCAGAACAUUUCUUUGUUUCUACCAUCUGUUGGAGAUGAUUAUCAAUAAAAACUGCCAUUAGAUCGGUUUGAUUUUGAAUUA